UGGUUUUGUGCUGGGGGGAAAGUCUCGUUUUGAUCGCCUCGGAAGCAGCAGCACGUUUAUCCGCUGAGUCAUCAAUACUUCCAUGGGCAGAUGCCAGCUUUGUCAGCGGCAAUUUGUCUUCGACGGAAAUCCGCGUCGGGGACUCAGAGAUUUUCACGUGGGCUCGCAGGAUCUUCCUUUCGUUCCUUUCAAUCCACAGAUCCCCACUUCUCCUCUUCCACCAUCAUGCAGUCUCCGAUCGGGACUACUGUGGUAGUUGUCAUACCUUUUCUUCACCGUCUUCGAAUGCUUAUCAAUCCAAAAAUGAUCUCAGCGUUGGCUCAGCGUUGGCAGUCGGGGCCGGAUGGCCUCUGACUAAGCGGCUAUCACAGCGAGGCAGAAUAGCCGGGUGGAGCCCAGAUUCCUUCAUCGGAAGCUCGCCCAGGCCCCCCGAAUAUCCACACCCGGCCCAGUAUCAGACUCAAGGCUCAGUGGCCCCCCGACCCACUGCC